AGCGGCGCCCGCAGGCUGAGCUUGAGGAGCCGGGCCCCGGCUAGGUGGCCGGGCGCGGCGGGGCGGGGCGGGGCCGGCGCGCAGCGGGAGCGGGCCGGGCCGCCCGCCGGGCCGCGGAAACUGUCGCCCGGUGCUCAGGUUUCCAGCAAGGCUACUCAGAAGACCCCCACUUGACUGAAGCAAUGGAGGGCGGCCCAGCUGUCUGCUGCCAGGAUCCUCGGGCAGAGCUGGUAGAACGGGUAGCAGCCAUUGAUGUUACCCACUUGGAAGAAGCAAAUUGUAGCCCAGAGCCCACUAGAAACGGUGUGGACCCUCCACCACGGGCUAGAGCCACCUCUGUCAUCCCUGGUAGUGCUUCAAGACUGCUCCCAGCCCGGCCUAGCCUCUCGGCUCGGAAGCUUUCCCUGCAGGAGCGGCCGGCAGGAAGCUAUCUGGGGGCACAGGCUGGGCCUUAUGCCACGGGGCCUGCCAGCCACGUCUUCCCACGGGCCUGGCGGAGGCCUACUGUCGAGUCUCAUCACGUGGCCAUCUCAGAUGCAGAGGACUGUGUUCAGCUGAACCAGUACAAGCUGCAGAGUGAGAUUGGCAAGGGUGCCUAUGGUGUGGUGAGGCUGGCCUACAACGAAAGUGAAGACAGACACUAUGCAAUGAAAGUCCUUUCCAAAAAGAAGUUACUGAAGCAAUAUGGCUUUCCACGUCGCCCUCCCCCAAGAGGGUCCCAGGCUGCCCGGGGAGGACCUGCCAAGCAGCUGCUGCCCUUGGAGCGGGUGUACCAGGAAAUUGCCAUCCUGAAGAAGCUGGACCAUGUGAAUGUAGUCAAACUGAUUGAGGUCCUGGAUGACCCAGCUGAGGACAAUCUCUAUUUGGUGUUUGACCUCCUGAGAAAGGGGCCCGUCAUGGAAGUGCCCUGCAACAAGCCCUUCUCGGAGGAGCAGUCUCGCCUCUACCUGCGGGACGUCAUCCUGGGCCUCGAGUACUUGCACUGCCAGAAGAUCGUCCACAGGGACAUCAAGCCAUCCAACCUGCUCCUGGGGGACGAUGGGCACGUGAAGAUCGCUGACUUCGGUGUCAGCAACCAGUUUGAGGGGAAUGACGCUCAGCUGUCCAGCACGGCCGGGACGCCGGCCUUCAUGGCCCCCGAGGCCAUUUCUGACUCCGGCCAGAGCUUCAGUGGGAAGGCCUUGGACGUGUGGGCCACCGGUGUCACGUUGUACUGCUUUGUCUAUGGGAAGUGCCCAUUCAUCGACGAUUACAUCCUGGCACUCCACAGGAAGAUCAAGAAUGAGCCUGUGGUGUUUCCGGAGGAGCCCAAGAUCAGCGAGGAUCUCAAGGAUCUAAUCCUGAAGAUGCUGGACAAGAAUCCCGAGACGAGAAUUGGGGUGUCGGACAUCAAGUUGCACCCUUGGGUGACCAAGAACGGGGAAGAGCCGCUGCCCUCAGAGGAGGAGCACUGCAGCGUGGUGGAGGUGACGGAGGAGGAGGUGAAGAACUCCGUCAGGCUCAUCCCCAGCUGGACCACGGUGACAGUUACUGAACCCCGUUCUCCAUGUACUGCACCAGGUGCUGAGGACACGGCAGGGGAACGGCCUGGGCAGCCUUUGGAUUGGAGCCCAAGUGUCAGUUAGACAGAGCCUGCAUCCCCCCCAAGAGCCUGAGUGUCAGUUAGACGGCACAUGCAUCUUCUGAAGAGCCUUCGUGUCAGUUUGAAAGAGCCUGCAUCCCCCCUAGAGCCUGUGUGUCAGUUAGACAGAGCCUGCAUCCCCCCCAGAGCACAAGUGUCAAUUAGAUGGAGCCUGCAUCCCCCCAGAGCCCAAGUGUUAGUUAGAUGGAGCCUGCAUCUCCUGCAGAGCCCGAAUGUCAGUUAGACAGAGGCUGCAUCCCCCCAGAGCCCAAGUGUCAGUUAGAGGGAGCCUGUGUCCCCGAAGAGCCCCAGUGUCAGAUGGAGCUUGCAUCUCCUGCAGAGCCUGCGUGUCAGUUAGAUCUUGCAUCCCGCAGAGUCUGAGUGUCAGUUAGACAGCCCCUGCAUCUCCCACAAAGCCCACAUGUCAGACAGAGCCUGCAUCUUCCUAAGGGCCUGAGUGUCAGUUAGACAGAGCUUGCAUUCCCCCAGAGCCUAAGUGUCAGUUAGACGGCGCCUGCAUCUCCUGCAGAGCCUGUGUGUCAGAGCCUGCAUCCCCACAGAGCCCGUGUGUCAAUUAGGCAGUGCCUGCAUCUGCUGCAGAACCGGUGUCAGUUAGACAGCCUGCAUCCCCCGCAAGAGCCUGAGUGUCAGUUAGAUGGCACAUGCAUCUCCUGCAGAGCCUUCACGUCAGUUAGACGGAGGCUGCAUCCCCCCAGAGCCUAUGUGUCAGUUAGACAGAGCCUGCUUCCCCGCCCAGAGCACAAGUGUCAAUUAGAUGGAAACUGUAUCCCCCCCAGAGCCUGAGUGUUAGUUAGAUGGAGCUUGCAUCUCCUACAGAGCCCGUAUGUCAGUUAGACAGAGCCUGAAUCCCCACUAGAGCCCAAGCAUCAGACGGAGCCUGCAUCCCCCCAGAGCCUGGUGUCAGAUGAAGCCUGCAUCCCCCCAGAGCCUGAGUGUCGGUUAGACGGUGCCUGCAUCUCCUGCAGAGCCUAUGUGUCAGAGCCUGCAUCCCCCCAGAGCCCAUGUGUCAGUUAGGCAGCGCCUGCAUCUCCCUCAGAGCCUGCAUGUCAGUUAAAUGGCACCUGCAUUUCCUGCAGAGCCUGUGUGUCAGAGCCUGCAUCCCCCCAGGGCCCGUGUGUCAGUUAGGCAGUGCCUGCAUCUCCCUCAGAGCCUGCGUGUCAGAGAGCCUGCAUCCUCCCCACAGCCUGCGUGUAAGUUAGAUGGCGCCUGCAUCCACCCCAGAGCCCUCGAGUCAGUUAGAGCAGCCUUCAUGCACGCUCCUGUUUCAGCUUUGCUCCUCUUCCUCUGCUCAGCUUCCGUGUUGGCACUUGGAAGUGAUUCAUGUUGUCCCUGGUGAAUGUCAGGGCCACUGAGAGUCCUGCCCUGCACCUGCAUGAGAGUGAGUCAGGGCAAGCACAAGGCCAGUAACGAGGGCCAGGGAAGCUGUUGCUGUGGGUGGGGGCUUUAUCCCCACACCCAUCACCCCCCCUGCAGGGUCCUGGCCCAGCUAGGACCAGCUGGCUGAAUCUCUGCCCCGUAUGCUUACUUGGCUCUGUGGGGUCCCUGGAGCCAGGCAGCUCCCACAGGGUCCCCAUGGCCACGUCCCUGGUCUUAGCCAGCAUCGCCUUUCCCCCAGACAUGGGAAGAGCCUCUCAUAUUGUCUUCUGCUUUUGCUUUCACCCCUGUACCCCCGUUAAUGCUCAACUCAGCAGCCAGCAUGGUCCUGGUGGCAUGAGUGUCACCUCUCAGCUCAGAGCCUGCUUCUCACUCGGGCUCUUGUGUCCCUCAGAGUCAGACCCCCAGCCUGCCCUCCCCGACCCUGUUUUUCUGCGGGGCUCUUCCACUGUCCCCCAUCAUGCACUCAGCUCUGGCCAUGUGCCACGGAAGGGGCUGCUGAGAGCCGUCAGCUUUCACUUCCCUCUGCCUGAGGAGUGCCACUCCAGUCGCCCCCAGGACGUGCUGCCCCUCUUCCUUCAGCUUUGAGAGAGAAGCGAGCCUUCCUGACCCUGUAGCUUCCUUCCCUGUGUCACUUCAUCACCAUUCCCUGGUUUUAUUUUUUUCUUUCCACUUGCUAACAUACAUAUUUUACUGA